UUAAACUUCUUGGGUUGUCUCUGGGGCCAAGCCAAAGUUCACAACUUUGCUCUGCUUUUCUGAAUCUGUGAGAUUCCUUGCAACGUUUCUUUGGAUCCGAUUUGGCAAUUGGGUUUUUGAUAAAGUAUCUCAAAAUGGGUUCUUGCUGUUCUACCAAUUCCAAAGGAAUGGGGAAGAGGAUUGAUGCUAUGGAGCCGAGCACUGUGGAGGAUGAUGGUGCUGCUUCUUCUCCUCCAAAAAGCUCAAAGAGAUGGAUUACGAGGAAGAAAACCAGAGGUGAAAGAGUGGUUGAUAGAGAUGUGGGUCAUCAGGUUGAGAUUCCAGGAAGGUUGAUUGGCAAUGGGGGCAGCAAAGUUGCUUGCUUGUAUACUCAGCAGGGCAAGAAGGGAACCAAUCAAGAUGCCAUGCUUGUUUGGGAGGAUUUCAGUUCAAGAAGUGAUACAGUAUUUUGUGGGGUAUUUGAUGGCCAUGGUCCGUUUGGUCAUAUGGUUGCCAAGAAAGUUCGGGAUUCUCUUCCGCUUAUACUAUGCACUCAAUGGAAAACUAAUUCAGAUGGUGAUCUGAGUAACCUUAGUAAGACAGAAAAUGCACAUGGGAAUUCUAAUUUUGAAGAACCGGCAUCUCCAAGCAUUGAUGAUGAGUGGCGCGAGUCGAUGGAGGUUCAGGAAACUGAAAAUCUCCCGGACAUGUAUGCACCCCUAAAAAAGUCAUUCCUAAAGGCUUUCAAGUUAAUGGAUAAGGAAUUGAAAUUGCAUCCCACAAUCGAUUGCUUCUGCAGUGGGACGACCGCUGUUACAUUGAUAAAGCAGGGUCAGAAUCUUGUACUUGGAAAUGUUGGGGAUUCGAGAGCUGUGCUGGCAACAAGAGACAAAGACAACUCUCUGAUUGCUGUACAAUUGACAGUAGACUUGAAGCCGGAUCUUCCUAGGGAAGCUGCUAGGAUUCACCAAUGCAAAGGAAGGGUAUUUGCAUUGCAAGAUGAGCCAGAGGUUGCUCGUGUUUGGUUGCCUAAUAAUGAUUCUCCUGGUUUAGCAAUGGCUAGAGCCUUUGGGGACUUUUGUCUAAAGGAUUUUGGUUUAAUUUCUGUCCCAGAUGUUUACUAUCGCCAGCUUACAGAAAAAGAUGAAUUCAUUAUACUUGCCACUGAUGGGGUUUGGGAUGUCCUUUCGAAUAAGGAAGCAAUUGAAAUUGUGGCUUCUGCUCCUAGUCACACAACAGCAGCCAGGGCUCUUGUAGACUGUGCCGUUAGAGCUUGGAGGCUUAAAUACCCUACGUCCAAGAAUGAUGAUUGUGCUGUUGUAUGCCUCUUCUUAGAACAGUUUUCUGUAGCGGAUGAGGUUGUGACAGAGACUGAAGUGACAGAGAACAAGGGAGAGGGAAUGGAGACGAUGGAAACUGCAGAAAGUAGCACUGAGGAUGUAGAGAUAGUUUAUUCUCAAGUCAUUGCUGCUGAGCAUUUGGGUAGUGAUUUAGAACUCAGUGAUUCUCACGCCUCUGCUCUUGAGCAUUCCAGUACUGUACGGAGCUCCGAUGAAAUUGUUCCUGUAUCGGAGUCAACAGAGCAAAUGCUUCCUACGAAGUUGGGGGCCCAGUCUAAAAGAAGUCUAGCAGAGUGCAUUUCAACAGAUGAAGAUUGGUCAGCACUGGAAGGCGUUACCCGGGUUAAUAGUUUGUUAAGUCUUCCGAGAUUGUUAUCUGCUGACAAAAGAUCUCCCAGUUGGAGAAAGAAAUGGCUAUGAAACAUUAAAAAGGCUUUGAUUCCAUUUCACUCAGGAAAAAUAUCUGAAAUGAUACCUGUGUACCCUCCAAAUUUUGUUUCUGCAAUAAACACAAUGUACAAGUUCACUGCCAGACAGAAGAGAAUCUGGAGGUUUUGGUUUGGAUACAGAUCCACAGGUAUCACACCAUUCCUAGAUAUACCAGUAAGCCACUAUGUUGUUGAGAACUCUGUGUUGAAAAUAGUGGCCGUGCAGAUUUUGUUGGUGAAUUCUUCUAUUGUCCUUGGAUAUAUGGAUGAACAGCUAGCUAUAUUGUAGUCUAGUGAAACUGAGCUGCCCUUUUGUGUUAUUUUUUUUUUUUUCUAGUGUAAUUCCUUAAUUUAUAGACUUUCGGCUCUAAAUACAGUAUAAAUUUGAUUUAUUUGGCAGGGGACGAUCGUUGAUGCCACUGUUACUUGAUGCAACGCUCUCCGCUCUCUGG